GUUUAGAGGCGCGCGAAACGUAUCGUUUCAACCUUUUUUAGCCUUGCCGUCAACUUAUGCCAAUGGUAGGAUUUAGAAUACACGAGAACAUCGCCAACGGAACACAGCCUCAUCAACUGCCGUACCCAACGUGGACUUACCUGCCCAGUGCCUAUUGCUCACCUAGUACUAUGCACCUGCAACUUUGAACUGCGAGGAAUCAAACCAAAAUCCUUCUGGUGAAUCUGCGCGACUUAUGAUUCCUCCUUUGAAUAGCGCAAUCGUGACUCGGUCAGGGCUUACAGCACUACCCACUGGUAUUAUUGAGACUGUCAGUCCGGUCUCCACACAUGGUUUGGCCCUUGUUGGAAUUAUUGGAGGGCUCGCUCUUGGAGUUUGGGUUGUCUGGCUAUCGGUCGUCCGCACAUGCAAACUCAGGGCAUACGUCGCAUCUGAUGGGACCUCUGAAUCCGCCCCUCUCCUGCAUCCGGAUCAAAUACGAACUGACAUUCAGAGGGGUCAUACUACCACAUUAGACAAGGACGCAUUACUCUGUUCCAUCUGUGCGACUCUGGAUUUUUACCGGAUCUUCCUUUAUGGCAUCCCAGAGCUGGAGGCGGUUCCGCUCGGUUCACUCUCAUCCAUCUUAGAAAAAUCCUAUCAAUGCAGUUUCUGUCGCCUCAUAUCGUUGUAUGUCCGUCGAACACGGAUGUUGGAGAAGUUUCCUCACGUCGAUCUCUCAGGGAUCGAAUGCGAGGUGUACACGAUGCAUUGUGGUUCUCUUCAGAGGCCCCCUUAUCCCCCACCAAAAUAUUAUUUUUGCCGCCGCCUCCACAUCAUUAGGAAGGGCGUUUGGGAGAUACAUCCAGCUCCCGAUGAAGCAGGUCCGCUAAUAAUUCAUCUCAUGCAAGAAGAUGCUUUCAAGUUUGGGAGACCAACAGAUCUUCAUGGCCGCAGGGUGAAGAACACUGUGGAUAUCGGUUUGGUGAAGAAGUGGAUUAACCUGUGCCAGGAGUACCAUGGAGAUAAAUGUGUGAAUGUUUGCAGAAUGGACGGGAAGCUGCCCGGAUUUGUGAGAGUGGUGGAUGUAAUAUCGAUGGCCGUGGUUCCUGCACCUUCUGGGUGUCGUUAUGUCUCCCUCAGUUACGUAUGGGGAAGCAUCGGCGCAGAGUAUUGGACGACGAAGGAUAAUAUAACGGAGCGCUCCAAGCCUGGCGGGUUGAACGCGGCAAACCUUCCUGACACCAUCUCCGAUGCGAUUCUAUUCGUUCGACAACUUGAUGAACGUUACAUAUGGAUUGACGCUCUAUGCAUCAUUCAAGAUGAUUCGCAGGACAAGUCCACUCAGAUACACGCUAUGGACUUGGUCUACGGCCUGUCUUAUUUCACGAUAAUCGCUGCCGGCGGCAAGACGGCUCGAGAUCCUCUCCCAGGAUGCCGUCCACGAACUAGAACACUACAACAACAUAUCGAGGUUGUUCAAGGACUUCAUCUAUAUCUGGCUCCUCCAAGACUUGGGGAGGCUGUUGUUCAGUCAGCAUGGCACACGCGUUGUUGGACCUAUCAAGAGAGCGCGCUCUCCCGCAGAAGGAUAUAUUUCACUGGGCAUCAAGUCUACUUUGAGUGCCGAGAUCAAAUCUUCUGCGAAGACAUCGUCGCCGAAAGCAAGUCUCAAUCCUGUCGCAGCUUCCUUCGGUUCCCACGUGGAGAAUAUUUUCAGAUAGCCUCUGACUCCUUCAAGUUUGAGAGUUACAGGGGGGCCGUUGAGAAGUGUACUCGACGCAAUCUCACCAAGGAAUCAGACAUUGUUGAUGCUUUCACUGGCGUGACCAAUGCUUUGGCAAAUGGCUAUGGGCUCGGUGACCCCGCCAGAGCCUUUCAACAUGGAAUGAUGUUGACGGAACUGCAUCUCACGCUUCUUUGGCAACACGCUCCACAUACACCUCGCGCUCGUCGUUCGCUCCCUGACGGAAGCAGCUCACCUUGGCCUUCUUGGGCAUGGGCUGCAUGGCGUGGUGCUGUUAUCCACGCGGGGGAGGUCGCGUAUGUGGGAACUCAGAUCGGCAAAUAUAGCGACGAACCGCGGGUGGAUGAAACAUUUAUUGAUAAUUGGUAUAUCGUGAACCACAGUGGCGAUACAGUGCAGCUUGACGUUCGCCGGGUUUCCCAUGACUUUCAGACAGAGGAAGAGCACCCUGCAUAUUCUUGUUCGCGAGGGAUCUUAGACCCAACGGAGCUGACACUAGAUAUUCGUCGACCGUUAGAACCAGGCACCCUCAUCUUCCGCACGACUUCCAGCCACUUCGGCAUUACAAGGCGAGGUGGUGAAGAAAACGAGGAAUCAAAUACAUCUAUCUACUAUGGUCUCUUCAAUAUUCUCUCCACCGCAUCUUCCCCUCCCACUUGGAUUGGCACUGCCAUUCUGCCAUUGGACCCUGCCCCGCCGACUUCUCUCGAGUUCAUCGUCCUUGCCCGUUCUAUCGCCGGUGUGCACGGUACGUUUGACGAAGAGAGUUAUAUGCACUAUAGCGGGUGCUUGCUAAAUGUGAUGGCGGUUAGUCAGAAUGGGGGUUUGAUGGAACGUGUUGGGUUGGGCGUCAUUCAUAUCGUUGCAUGGAUUGCUUCGAGGCCGGAAGAGAAGGUAGUGUUUCUUCGAUAAUAGCUGGCGGUGAACCCAUCUAGCUAGUGGUUUGUUCAAAGCAAGAAAAAUAAUUCCAAAACCCUGGUCCUUCUGGUUGUUGAGCGU